AUGUCAGACGAAUCCUUUGAUUUGGCUGUUAAGUACGUCACAGAUACAACGAGUAUGACGGCAACUGACGAACAGAAGCUACUGUUUUACAAAUACUUUAAACAGGCCACUGUUGGAGACUGUAAUACCUCAAAGCCCGGAAUGAUGGAUUUUAAAGGCAAGGCAAAGUGGGAAAGCUGGAAUUCCGCGAAGGGCAUGAGUAAGGAAGAUGCAAAGAAGGCUUAUGUCGAUUUAUUGGGACAACUACAACCAAAUUGGAAAUCUUAA